AUGAAAUCUCGAAGCAUCGUCUCGGGCCUUCUCGGACUCGCCGCAGCGACCCCUGUGCCCGUCACGCACCAACCAGCAGCCAUAGCUCCACACGACGGCGGCCUCGGUCCCUUCAGCUUCACCUCGACAUUCAACAUGAUGGCAACACCAGACCAGGUCGUCGACAUGGACAGCGCCCCCGCUCCAGGCGAAGCCGGCGCCAUGGGCUUCUACAACUACGGCAUCAACAGCGAGCUAGACAUUAUUUGCUACAACAUCACCCUCCUCGGCGUGACCGGCCCCUACGACUCCCCCGCCGUGACAGCCACACACAUCCACGAAGCGGCCGCCGGCGCCGCCGGCCCGCCCCGCAUCGCCUUCCCGAACCCCGAGCCCGCGGAUUCGGGGCCCGAAGUCGUGAAACGGAGCCAGGGCUGUAUCCAGGGGCCCUUCACGACGGGCGUCGAGGGCGAUAAUGGCGAGGAUACCGGCGCCGGCUUCACCUUGGCGCAGAUCGAAGCUAAUCCGGAGGGCUUCUUCACGGAUUCGCAUACCGUCGUGUCGGUUCCAGGCGUGGUGCGUGCGCAGCUGCAGGCGAAUGGCGUGAUGGGCGGUGUGCCGAGCGCGGCGGUGCAUGGCGCGCAGGGUGUGGAUGGGGCGUGCACUGUGCAGGUCAUUUCGGUUGGUCCGCCGGUUUCGGUUGUGUGCUUGAACUAG